CACAGGCACUUAGGGAAAAAAGAGAGAGAGAGAUGAGCUGGGGAGGAAGGUUUCUGGUGCACCACAUAACUGGCCCUCUUCCAAUUAAAGAAGAGAGCUUAUGUUAUUGAAGAGCAGCUUAGCCAAUCAGGAGGCAGUGCUAGGCAAAGACAGGAGGGGAAAGCAGCAGAGCGAGUGGGCAAGAGGAAGGGGGAAGAAAAAAAACUGCAGUGUUGUCUCCGAGCCUGUGGAGAAAGGGAAGAGCGUGGUGUCCAGGAAAGAGCGACCUACACAGAAGGAUUCCAGACUGACGACGUUCUCACUGUGAUUGCCUCCAGCCACUGUUCAAGGAUCGAGAGUUUGGCUGGGCCGUGCGUGCAGCCUAAAUGACGAAGUUCAACUUGUUCAGGCAUCAGACAUCACCCAUGGUCGCUGCUAAGCCAACGGGGGCCAGUGCCUUGACUGUGACCCCAGCCCCCGUCGCAUCAGUCUCUAGCGACAACUCCACCGAACCGAUCGACAAGAACGACGCCUUCGACGAGAUCAAAAACAAGUUCCUGAAUGAAAUCGACAAGAUCCCACUGCCAUCCUGGGCCAUCAUCGCCAUCGCCGUGGUCGCUGCUCUACUCAUCCUAACGUGCUGCUUCUGCAUCAUCAAGAAAUGCUGUUGCAAGAAGAAGAAGAACAAGAAGGGCAAGAAGGGGAAGGGUGACAUGGGAAUGAAGAACCUGAAAGGCGGAGAGAAACUACAGGAUGACGAUGAAGAGGAAGAUGACGUGGAACCCGGGCUGACUGGGGACGAGAAAGAGGAGGAGGUGAAGGAGAAGGAGAAGCUGGGGAAGCUGCAGUACUCCAUUGAUUACGACUUCCAGGAGAACAAGCUGACUGUGGGAAUCCUGCAAGCCGCCGACCUCCUCUCCAUGGACAGCGGCGGCACCUCUGACCCCUACGUCAAGGUCUUCGUCCUCCCUGAUAAGAAGAAGAAGUACGACACAAAGGUCCACAAGAAAACACUCAACCCCGUCUUCAAUGAGACCUUCGUCUUCAAGAUCCCAUUCCAAGAGAUGGGCGGGAAGUGUCUGGUCAUGUCCGUCUUUGACUUUGAUCGCUUCUCCAAACAUGACGUCAUCGGAGAGAUUAAAAUACCCAUGAACAGCCUUGACCUGGCUAAGCCAAUUGAGGUGUGGCGAGACCUGGACAGCGCAGAUCAAGAAGAGCCGGAGAAGCUGGGUGACAUUUGCAUCUCCCUGCGUUACGUCCCCACUGCUGGAAAACUCACCAUCUGUAUUCUGGAGGCUAAGAACCUGAAGAAGAUGGACGUGGGCGGACUGUCAGAUCCCUACGUGAAAAUCAACCUGCUGCAGAAUGGCAAGAGGCUGAAGAAGAAGAAGACGACGGUGAAGAAGAACACUUUGAAUCCGUACUACAAUGAGUCCUUCAGCUUUGAGAUUCCCAUUGACCAAAUGCAGAAAAUCCAAGCCGUGAUCACCGUGCUGGAUUACGACAAGAUUGGCAAGAACGACGCCAUCGGGAAGAUCUGGGUGGGAAGCAAGUCCACGGGGGCCGGGCUCAAACACUGGUCCGACAUGCUGGCCAACCCCCGUCGUCCCAUCGCCCAGUGGCAUCCGCUGCAGCCGGAGGAGGAGGUGGACGCUUCCCUCGCAGCCCUGACGGCCAAGAAGUAAACCCCACCAGACCACAUCGUCCCCACCCGCACCUCUCUUCCCCACGCAUCCUCCCAUCAGGCCCCACAUAUCAGUGUAUAUUCCAGAAGAUCAACCCCCUCCCCCCCUCCUCCUCCUCCUCUCGACUUUACAUCCACUCCCCCACCCUCCUCUUCCUCCUCCUCCUCCUCUCCCACUGCCACCUUUGAAAAGAUCCAUAGAUACCAUUCGACAUGAUGGGGAAAUAUAGUUUAAAAAAAAUAGCAUCAUGUUAUAUUAGGUCGUGACAAAAGAAGACAAGUUAUCAGGAUGGACAGAGACUCCGUUGAUUUCCUUUAAAUCUAUUUUUGUAUUGGGGUUGUGGUUCCAUUAAUAAGAAUACAGAGGAGACUAUAAAGAACAGGUAGAGUGCUAUACGGGAAUCUGGUGAUAGAGGGGAUAAAACAUAACGUUCACUCAUAGUGUUCUUCUCAGCCCUUCCCUUUAGUGACACAGUUUGCUUAGAAUAGCGCUUAAUAAUAAAAUGCUUUAUACUGCCAUAGGACAGAGAAAUAACACAAGCAGGUCCAUUCCUUCGGUGUAUCGUGCACCAUGUUUCACACCUGCCAGUGAUCAUACUAGAUGAUUCUGUUAGUUUGAAGUACAUUCCUAGAGCUGGGUAGCCAGUAGGGAUAAGCACAUAUCCGGUUACCCACAAACACACUGCCGUUUUCGAUUCGUUAACACGCCCACCCUUCGUCUCAGGAAAACUGAGAGGAAACUGAAGCUCCAUGCCUUUUUUUCUAAACGGGUCGUUAUUAUUAUUCUUAUUCUUCGUAUUAUUGUUAUUAUUCUACUCCUCCACUUGACGGGAAAAGAAAUGUCGGAUUUUCAAAAACUUCCCUUUUCGGUGACGUAAGGCUCAUGACUAGUGCUAGUUUAUCCAUGAAAUGGAAUAAAUCAGGGGAGAGGGAGGAAAGGAUGGAUUUUCGGUUUUAAAAGAAAAUAAGCGUGUGUGUGUGUGUGUGUGUGUGUGUGUGUGUGUGUGUGUGUGUGUGUGUGUGUGUGUGCGAAAAGAGGCUGCGUCUGUCGUGUGAACAACAAAAAGCGAGGAAAUAUCAGAGCGGGUGCAACAGAGACUGAUUCCAACCACCAAACGACAUGAUAUUUACAGAGUGUCGAUUACUGCCCGCAGUCCACCACCAACCACCCCCACCCUCCUCCUCCUCCUCCCCCAACGCCUCCGAUUCUGUAUCUCACUUGUUCAGUGCUACUGCCAUUAGUCAUGGACUUGACACAAGGGUUUUACUUCAAAGAAAUCCCUAUAACCGUCUUACAGUCAUAAAGGAGACAAGCCUUCCAAGUAACAAAAUAAGCAAUUUUCAACUACCAGGGACGCCUUCCAGUCAGCGGUGUUGUUCUCUUCAUUUCUCUCUUCUCCUCUUUUUUCCCUCUUUGUUUUUUGUCUUUUAUUGAUCCAGCUGUAUUUAUUUUUCCCAUUUUAUUCCUCAAGCACUUUAAAAUCCAAAUGUUACGUUUAAGUACCCUCAGAAACCAGAGCUUUAAUUGUUUGUGUUAAGAUUAGCUGGGUUUAAACAAAAACAACAAAAAAAAGCGAGCGAGGGAGUGCGUUAUAUUUGCUUUUUUUGUUUUAUGCCUCAGCUUUUUUUUAUGUGUUUGCAUAUUGCGUUCCUCACUUGAUUGAAAGGAAAUGGUCUGGAAGAAGGCACUGAUCCGUGUGUAUUUGAAUACACAGCUUACCAAACUGUCGAAUUUAAUUGCACUACUGGGUAUUAAUUCUGUUCUGUGAUUGUGUAAUUAUUUUUUUAUUUUUUUCUCGUGGUAAAAUGUUGUGAGGUUUGAAUUUUUUCUGUGGCACAACAGACAGGUCUGCACAUGGACCGGAUCUAAUGCUGCUCAUCCACAGAAUGUCAUCGAUUCAUUUGGAAAUUAAUAUUCCAACCGUCCUGUGACAAAAUCCAAUUCCUGAAAUAAAUUGGCGAAAAAACCUAAUUGGAAAUUAAAAAUCCUGCUGCUGGGACUCCAGAGAACCUCAAUUAAAAUCUGUGUGUGAGCACCAACAGCGAAAAACUAUACGUGGACUGUAAAAUAACAAAAAUACAUGUAAAUCAAAAGCAGUCAACACCACUGUUUCCUUUUUUUUAAUUUAAUGAAUGUUGGCUCUUGUAUCUUUCUCUCUGUUGGAAAACUCUUUAUGUUUUUAUAACCAAACACAGACCAUGGUCACGUUUCUGUUUUACUCGCCAUCGUCCUUCUUUCCUUUUCCGUUGAUGAAGCAACACUAAAGAAAAGGCAACAUGGAAGCAAUCAAGCAAACCCAUCAGUGUGUAGUUUUGCCUAUAUACAUAGUUCAUACACGUUGAUACUGCAUGUUUAUACAAAAAUACUGUACAUAAGAGCAUGUUUUAGAGACGAAGCAAAAAUAUCUCGUGUACGUAAGUGGGUGUCAUUUGUCAUUUUAAUAACACGACGAAGGGGAUUAAAAGAAAAAAAAAGAUGCACUGUAUAUUUUCUAAAUGAAACAAAUGUGUAUUUAUUUUCCAUGAGGGUCAUUGGAGAGAAUGUCAUACAGUACAGCUAUUACAGGACUAUUACUAAUAAGAACCUUUCCACGCCUGAAAAAAAAAAGCAAGUGUGUCGUCCAGUACCGUGUGUGAGUUCAUGUAGGAUGAAAAUGUAGCCGCAUGCUUGCUAUCUAAUUCCUUGUGAUCAAAAUUUUAUUUUAUUUUUUUAUUUGAUGCCAUUUAUCUUCCAUAUAUAUGUUUUCUUUCAGCUUUUAUCUGAAGGCCACUGUUUGACUUAUUUUUUUAAAUGUCAUUGCUGUUAUUACUUUUUUUUAUAUGUUUUGGAUUUUUAAUAUUUGCAAUCUGGGGUUGUCCAAGUCCAUAAGAUUUUUCUAACAGCAGAUUUGGCGAUUUAUGGUGUUUUUUUUUGUUGUUGUUUUUUUCAGAAAUAACUACAGAGAAGAAGGUUGAAUAAUUCUGCAAUCUGUAGGUGGAUUGUAGGAGUUAUUAUUUGUGCCAGUACAAACCCAGAAUCAAGUCUGUUGGAUCAUAUCUUUAUGUACAAUUCAUUUCCAGGGGCCAAAAAAAGAUGAAUAAUCCCAUUCCGGUGAACACAAACCACUUGGAAUCCCUUCUUCUCUCCGUCUUUUCCUUUUUCUCUUCUUUUCUUUUUACCGUGUCUAUUUAAACGACCUGAAAACCCUCCACGACUGUGUCUCUUUUACUGUGUUGAUUAUACAAUAACGUGUACGUGUAUUAUACAAGAUAAAUGAAUAAGAUAAAAACUAAAGCCAUAAAACUCAAGCACUAACUCUUUAGAGCUCAGCUGAGUAGCUGGAGUUUAUUUAAUAAUGAAAAAGAAAAAAGAAUAUCUGACGUCUUUGUUUGUUUUUGUUUCUUUCCUCGGCCAGUGUUUCUCUCUUUUACAUUCCGCUCAGAGGUCUUUGUUCAUCGAGGGGGCGAACUCCACGUCACUGUACAUACGUGAGCGUCGGGAACAGUUGUGACUUUAGUAGAGUGACUGUGUGUUUUUCUACUUUCAGAGCUGUUGAUGUCCUUGUUUCAUAGAGGUAGCUGAUUUUACAGUAUUGUGAUUAGUAAUGUAUAUGCCUUGUUUUGAUAGUAUGAAUACUAGAUACAAUACCACUCCUCACUAAUACUGCGAAAAUGAUAUUAUAUAUAUAUAAAUACGAGAGUGUGUUCUAUUCUUGGGCCGAGUGCAAUUUAUGAACCAGACUGGGUCGCUCUUUAAGUUUCUCUUCUGCCACUUCAGCAGCAGAUUGUGCUCGUGACGACAUGUACAGUUAAAAAAAACACUCCGCUGCUGACGUGACGCCACUUUGCAAACGUCUCAAACGAUUAAGUGUCGAGUUCCGACGACAUCGAAGCAAACGAGAGAGAAACUUGAACGAGUGUCGCUCCAGGUCUUAGGUCUGAAUCCCUCCCAUAGAACUAUGCAUUAAGUUAUGAUUUUCACAACUACAUGGCAUAGUAUGAAAAUAAUAUAAAAAUGUAUAUGACAAUAUAUGAAGUUAUGUGGGUUACAAGAAAUAGUUUUUAAAUUUGUAGAGAAAUGUCCUCUCUGGCAAAGAGUUAGAUUAGAAGAUCGAUACGAGUCCCACGUGCUUAAUAUGAAGAUGGAGCCAGGAGAUGUUAGCUUAGCUUAGCAAGAAUACUGGAAACGGAGGGAAACAGUUAGCCAGAUAAAAUACAGCUGUCAGCAUCUGUAAAGGAAGACUCCAGGAAGUUAUCGCAUUGGGACAGGAAGUAGCUGGACUUUUAGAUUGUAGUGUUGAUUUUUUAAAUUAUUUAUUUAUUUAAAAAAUAUAAGAUAUAACCUUUAUUGUUUGUUUUGUUUGUUUGUUUGUUUGUUUUUGUUUGUUUGUUUAAAAACGAGACAUAGCAUUUAAAUCAGCUUUUUUCCCGUUCUACGUGCAAAGCUCAGCUAACUGUGUCCUGGCUCCACACAAAUCAAUCAAUAAUCAAUCUUCUCAUCUAACUCGUCCCAAAUCUCCAUUUCUUCCAGUUUACCUCUUGAGUUUUUUUCCUCUGAAGUAAACUGCCUCCUCUCUCGCCCCCCCCGGGAACAAUCGUCAGCUCUGCCGUGCGACGCUGACGCACUUGAUAUCUAAUGCAAUAUUAUAAUGUCCCAUCAAUACUGACUGUGACCAAAUGAUGCACUGAUGAGUGUAAUUCCAGAUUUUCAGAAAUACUGCCACUGCCUGGUGACAGUCGCCUGCGUCGGUUCGACGUGAACGCGUCGCGCGACGAGGCGAAUGUGAUCACGGGUAAAUUUACAGCACACUUCUUUGUUUCCUUUCACUGCUCGGGGUCACCGCAGUCACAUGACCAUGAAGUUCUAUGGGGGACUGGGAGCUGUGUGUGUGUGUGAGUGUGUGAGUGUGUGAGUGCGUGUGUGCGUGCGUGUGCUUUAAUAGAUAUAGGCCCUUUAGCAGACACGGUGCAAAAACACAACACUGGAAUAUUAUGAUUACAAUAUACAGUACAGGUCUGCAUGCAUUGGUCACAUUGCUCAUCGUUCAACGUGCAUCUCUCUCUCUGUGUGUGUAACCAUCUGAAAUCCGGGGGGGGGGGUUUAGCGUGUUCUGUCGAUUUAUCGGCGUAGACGUACGAACAGACGUUCUGCACAAAUGCAUCUGAAACUGUGGCGUUCCAGCUGUGCCAGGGCAGGUUUUUAGAGCACCGGUCACACAGCAGCCAUUUGUUGUUUUCCUCUCCUGUUUUUUGUUUUAAACAAACGCUGGGAUUAAAAAAAAAAAAAGGGAACUCAUCCUCCACCCUGUCAAACUGUGUCGAGACGCCUGUCAGCAGGUAAAGACACGGCUCUGAAACACGCCGUCUUGUCUCCUCUAUUACUCGCUGUAUUUCUUCUUUGUAUCCUUGUGCACAUGUGUAAUCACUCCUUGUGUCUUUUCUUGUUCUUUUUCUUACUUCGAAUCUUGUGAUGUGUACGUCUAAUGUAGAAUGCAGGACUGUGUUUGAAUCGAUGCCGGAGAUGUGUCACCACGACGUUUCCAGGUUUUUUUUCCGUUUGUGUCCUUGUCCUGUUUAUGUGUUUUUCCAGCGAUGUCCCAUCAGUAUUGCGAUGCUGAACAGGAAGCGGACUCAUCGGGCUCCCCGGUGAAUCGGCUUUCGCUGAGCGUAAAAGAAUGCCGGCCUUCAUGUUUACAACAUGGACAUACUGUAUACUGCCAAACAUGCAGGACCGAACCAAACUCCCCCUCUUGAGCGCUUAGUCCUCCACCUCGUCCCUGAUGCAACUGUAUUCUCAAGACUCUUUUGGUUUGACUUCCUUUUUUUCCCACCUCUUUCUCUUCUUCGUCAUCUUUUAGAGCAUCGGAGGGCAGCCGGGUUGUGUCCUCUAGCUGUGUUUCUUCGUGUCUAGUGUCGUGGUGCGCGUGUUCAUGUCAGUACUUGUGCCUACUGUGGAUCGCAUGCUUUAGCCCUUGACUGGACACAAACGUUGCUCACAAACUCCUCUUGACCCUUGUGUGGACAAACGUUGGGGAUCCUUAUAAAGUCAUCAAGGGAACCAAAUAACUUAUUACAAAUUUAUCAUAUGUGUUACCAGUUCUGUAAAAAAACAAAUAGGAAAUAAAGGCCUUUUAAUUACCAUGA